AUGGACCAGCCGCACGCUGGUGGCGGCCUCAUCUCGCCGCCAGAGCUGUCUCCCAUGGAGCAGGAGAUCCUGGAAGAAUACGAGCGCCUGGCGACGAAUAUGAAGACUCUGGCGACUCUGCUGGAGAAUCUGGCGUCGAAUCCUACGGUCGGGAUACUCGAUGGGCUAAGGGAGCUGGAGCGCAAGACGAGCUUGGCGUUUACGUUGCUGAAGGCGAGUGUGUAUAGUAUUGUGCUGCAGCAGGAGAUUGAUUGGGGGGGUGGUGGUGGUGGUGGUGGUGGAAAUAAUGGGGGGAACGAUGGUGGACAAGAGAAGGUGGAGGAGCGUGAGGACGAGGAUGAUGAUGAUGAUGAUGACGAUAUGGAAGAGUAA